AUUUUACUCAGUUGUGCACAGAACGCUGAUCCAUCAAAUUAACUGUAAAUGAUAAAAUAGUCGCAACAAACAUGCAGGCUUCACUAGUGUUAUCUUCCCUUGCAUUUGUCAUUGUCGUCUUGUUCGUCAUAGUGUGGCCUUUCCGUAAAAAGUUAGUAAUGAUUGGCAAGCCGGUUAUUGAACAGUGUUUCAAAUGGACGCGAAAUGGAGUAAAAAAAACCAAAAAAACAAUCUCGAGCAAAUGUAAAAGGCCAAGCUUGGCUGUACCUACCACCGACUCCACAUUGGAAACGGGAGAAAAUCCAGAUGAAUCGCACCUUUAUGCCACUAUAACAAAGGAAAGCAAACAAACAAAAAAACAACGGAGAAGUCUGAGCAACGAUUCUGAUUUCUCAGCUUCAGAUACUGCAGUCGAGGAAACAGGCGUGGUAUCGGUUGAGUUACACGCCUAUCAAACAGUGAAUUUGGAAUCACAUGAAAAUUCUGCAAUGCUUAAAGAGAUUAGAACACGCUCUGAGAAUAACGAUGGGCAGAUCAUUGAUGAAACAAGUGGGUCCAAAAUUUACGACGAAGUAGGCUAGUAAAUGAAUUAUUGUAAAUGAAAAUUUGCUGAUUGCUAAUUGCCGGCAUAUGGAGAGUAUAAAGAAAUGUUAUUCUGCAUUCUGAUAAACAUGAACUAUAAUUUAACCAAUACAUUAUAUAAAAAUAUAUCGUAAAAAGAAA